AUGUCACCGACGUUUGUAGUCGAUGGCAAAACUCCUGUUAUUAGUCUUCCGAAUAAUAAUCCGCGACGAUUUUCAGUUAUUUCAAAGCAGUUCGAUAAUGAAGAGCUCAAUCAACAACGAGCUCAUGUCAUCGAUACGGAAAUAUCACAACCGCUUCCAUCAACGGAUCGAAAUACCAUUCGACGUCGGCUAACACAAAUAAUUUCCAUUGUCGAUAAUCAAAACAAGGAACAAACUAUCAAACCCAAAGGUUCAUAUCUGAUACUAUUUCUUCUCGAACCAAUUCUCACUGGUUGCUUUCUUUUUCCAUUACUGGUUCUGUUCUGGGAUUGUGGAUGGAAUCUUACCGUGACGAUGUUAAAUGCACUGAAUGACUAUGCAUCCAACUACAAUCUCGAUGGAUUAGAUUAUUCUGAACAGGGAUAUGGUGAGUAUUCUCCUCAAUCAUUGAUGGUUACGUGGGUGAUCGAUGAAAUCGCAUUUCUCAUAUUUUACCUUGGUCAAGAUGUUCUCUACCAUUUUCUUAACAAACAAAAAAUGAUUGUCAAACAAAUUAUCGUGAAAAUUCAUAUAUUUAUAUUAGCGUUUUUGUAUAUUAUUCAAUGGCAGAUGAUGUGGACGAUUUUGGAUCAAUAUACAUCGCAAGAUUGGGGAUUUAUGUUUGUUUUUUCAUUGGCAGGCAUUUUUGCAUUAAUGGCACUUACCGGAACUUUAUCAGAUUUAAUCUGCGCACCAUUUGUAGUCUCCUAUGACUCGAUUGAAUAUUGUAUUCAAUUUGAAUGUCCACUAGAAACCGAACAGAUGAGUCGAUGGAAAGUAAAUUUAAUGAAUUUUGUACUUUAUGAAAUUCUUAUUUCGAACAUCACGAUUAUCAUAUGGCAUGGAUUCUAUGUUAUUCUCGAUCAAUAUUUGUAUCCCGAUGAAAUCAGCAAAUCUAUUUGGAUUUGCAUCGUCAUCGGUUAUCUACUGUAUUUUCCUCUGAUGUAUUUACAAUACUAUGGUGAAAAUAAGACUUGGAAUAAUAAAUUUUGGACACUUUUCGUGUCGAACUUUCCUCAAUUUCAUCGAAAUAUCGUUCAUGCGUUGGCAUUUGCAUCGUGUCUCUUCCUUUGGCAUGGUUUUUGGGUUUUCUACGAUACUUAUCUGCGUAUAUUCGACAAAUAUUACGAAACCUAUCUGUUAAUAUCUCUGCUCGUUUUCAUUUUCUUAUCGGUAUUACAAACAUUCUCGUCGAUGAAUGGUCCUUUGAAAACCAUGGAUGAUGAUUAUCAUUUCUUUCCGAUUUAUCCGCACUGUUACGUUUCACUCGUAGUACAGAAACUUUCUCGGCUAUCAUGUUUUCGCUCGAGAAAAGACCAGGUUUUUGUGAUUGGAGACUUUGAAAAGAGAAAUAAAUAUUAA